GAAAACAAUAAAGAAAGAAAGGAAACCGAAGCGGAGGUGGCCGUUGCCUUGUUGGUACUCCAAAAGCAGAUCCAAAGUAAUUGUCGUCAGAGAGGGUGCCUUCUUAAAAAAUUUUCCGAUCUCACCCCUCAGAACCUUAAACUUUUAGAAACUGAAAAGAAAUUCGUUCAGAGAUAGAGAGAUGACGUGGAAUGCUGACGUUCGCAGCUCGGUGAUGUUCCCAUCCUUGUUCCUGAUAUUACUGUGGGCUUUGAGUAAUGCUACGGUGGGUGACGCCGUAUGGUUGAACCUUCCUUCCACCGGCACCAAGUGCGUCUCCGAGGAAAUCCAGAACAACGUCGUCGUUUUGGCUGACUAUGUCGUCGUUGCCGAUGAUCACGGUCACCACCCUACCAUUUCCGUCAAGGUGACAUCUCCAUAUGGGAACAAUCUUCAUCACAGGGAGAAUGUGACGCAUGGUCAAUUUGCAUUCACAACACAGGAGGCUGGUAAUUACCUAGCAUGUUUCUGGUCAGAAAGCCAUGCUCAUGGAGGUGGAGAAGUUAGUGUCAACAUUGACUGGAAAACUGGGAUUGCAGCUAAAGACUGGGAGUCAGUUGCCAGAAAGGAGAAAAUUGAGGGUGUUGAGCUCGAGCUGAGGAAACUCGAAGGUGCAGUUGAGGCCAUUCAUGAGAAUUUACUUUAUCUGAAAAGCAGAGAAGCAGAAAUGAGGACUGUGAGUGAGACCACAAACGGUAGAGUUGCAUGGUUUAGUAUCAUGUCUUUGGGUAUCUGCAUCACUGUUUCAGGCCUGCAAGUGUGGUACUUGAAGCGAUUCUUCCUGAAGAAGAAGCUUAUCUGAACGUUGAUUGGUAGCUGGGGAAAUUCAAAAAUUCAGUUUUCUUUUCUCGUUACUUUUCUUCUCAAUGUUGCACAAGGGAAAUUUUGAUACCAUUAAAAGAGUAUUAUUAACAUUUAGUUAUCA